AUGGCUUUUGUUGCUUCUCUUCUUGUAGUGGCCGGUCUGGCUAGUGGUGCGACUAUAACUACGACAGAGCCUGCUUUGGCCGCAAUUGAACGAGCUCAGGCCACUACCGUGCCACAAACCUGGACCUCUAACGUUAAGGGCAAGGCUUUUGACCGUUUCUACCAGAUCUGGCUCGAGAAUGUCGACUACAGCAGCGCUGCUGCCAAUGCUGACCAGCAGUGGUUGGCGAGCAAGGGCAUUACGCUGACCAACUAUUAUGGUGUCGGCCACACAUCUCAGCCUAACUACGUUGCCGCUGCUAGUGGUGAUAACUACGGCAUGGACAAUGAUCUGUUCCACGACAUCCCGUCCAACGUGUCGACAAUCGCUGAUCUGCUGAACACCAAGGGUAUCUCAUGGGGCGAAUACGAGCAGCAUAUGCCCUAUGCAGGCUUCCAGGGCUACAACUAUUCCAACCAGGAGACUUAUGCGCUUGACUAUAUGCGCAAGCACAACCCCCUGGUGUCCUUUGACCAGAUCUCCAGCAACGACACUGCUCUGGGCUUGAUCAAGAACUUCACUUCGUUUUACGACGACCUGAACAAGAAGCAGCUGCCCCAGUGGGCCUUUAUCACCCCCAAUAUGACCAACGAUGCCCACGACACCAACAUCACCUUUGGUUCACACUGGCUCCGAGGCUUCGUGUCUAAUCUAAUGAAUAACACCUACUUCUGGGACAAUACUCUGCUGCUGUUGACUUUCGAUGAAACCGAGACUUACAACGUCCCUGAAUCCGAGAUUUACAACGACCGCAAUCGUGUGUUCACUAUUCUACUGGGCGGUGCUGUCCCUAAGGACAUGGUUGGCACCAAGGAUGACACAGUAUACACCCACUACUCCAGCAUCGCAUCUGUCGAGGCCAAUUGGGGCUUGCCUUCGCUUGGUCGCUGGGACUGUGGUGCCAAUCUGUUCAAGCUUGUCGCCGACAAGGUCAACUACACAAACUGGGAUGUCGACGCUAACAGCCUGUGGCUGAAUCAGUCUCUGCCCGGCCCGCUGGAGCGCUGGGGCUACUCCAAGUACCGUUCCAACUGGCCUGUACCAACCACAAAUGACUCGUGCUCGGCUGGAUACGGUAUUCUCCAGUCAGUGGUCGAAGCCUACAAGGGCCGUGCCCCGACUUAUAACUACUCAUCGCCGUUCCCUUACGAUGCCGCGUAUGGUCUGGAUACUGGUGUUGCGUACUCCCGCAAUGGUGAGACCUAUGUUUCUGGAGUCAAUGCUACCGGUACCAUCGGCUACGAUACGAAUACGACCACCAGUGUUAGCUCUGCCGCUGCAUCUUCGAGCACCGGUGCCGCCCCUAAUCCGGCUAUUCCAUUCACUAGCUUCGCUGUUAUCGUGACUGCAUUUUUUGGUCUGUUGUAA